CCCCAGGACCCCCCCGUGGACCCCGAGCGCAGCUUCUACUUCCCCCUGGAGCUGGAGCUGGACCUGGAGCGCGGCCCCUGGGACGACGACGAGUUCGAUGUGGACGAAGUGGAGGAGGGUCCGGUGUUCGCCCUGUGCAUGGCGGGGGCGGGGGACGGGCAAACCCUGCGCCGCUGGAUCUCGGGGCUGCAGGAGGAGAACCCGGUGCUGGGCAGCACCCCCGUCAUCUUCCGCCUCUCCCAGGGGGGCUCCCCCCACCCCGGGACCCCCGAGGGGCCUCAGCCCCCCCGGCUGGGCGCGGGGACCCCCCCGGCGGCGGAGCUGGAGCCCCCGGAGGGGCAGGGAGGGGGGGGCGCGGGGGGAGACCCCCCGAAAAGCAGCGGGGAAUAAAUAAAGGGGUGUUGUGGCGCA